AUGACUACAGAUAAUCAUCAGAAUGAUUCUGUUUUGGAUCAACAAUCAGGCGAACGAACAAUUGAUGAGAGUAAUUCCAUCUCUGACGAGAAUAAUGUUGAUAAUAAGAGGGAAGACGUUAAUGUAACUUCACCAACAAAAAGUGUUAGUUGCAUAUCACAAGCGGAAAAUGGAGUAGCUUCUCGAACAGAUGAGAGUACAAUAACAGGAAGUGCGACGGAUGCAGAAACAGGUGAUGAUGAUGAUGAUGAUGAUGAUGACGAUGAUGAAGAUGAGGAUGACGAAGAUGAGCCCCCCUUAUUGAAGUACACACGAAUUAGUCAACUCCCGAAGAACUUUUUUCAACGAGACUCGAUCUCUUCAUGUUUAUUUGGUGAUACUUUUUUUGCAUUUGGUACACACUCAGGCAUUCUACACUUAACUACAUGCGCGUUCGAACCCAUUAAAACCAUCAAAUGCCAUAGAUCUUCGAUACUUUGUAUUAACACUGACGGAAAAUAUUUUGCUACGGGAUCUAUUGACGGGACAGUGAUUAUCGGAUCGAUGGAUGAUCCACAAAACAUUACACAAUACGAUUUCAAAAGACCUAUAAACUCUGUAGCGUUGCACUCAAAUUUUCAAGCAUCCAGAAUGUUUGUUUCUGGUGGAAUGGCUGGCGACGUUGUACUAUCUCAGAGAAAUUGGCUAGGAAAUAGAAUCGACAUCGUUUUAAACAAGAAGAAAAAGAAAAAAACAAGAAAAGAUGACCUAUCCUCUGAUAUGAAGGGCCCUAUCAUGGGAAUUUAUACUAUGGGUGACCUUAUAUUAUGGAUGGAUGAUGAUGGAAUAACAUUUUGCGAUGUUCCUACAAGAUCACAGCUUUUGAAUAUUCCAUUCCCCUCCAGAAUUUUUAACGUACAGGAUGUAAGGCCAGAUCUAUUUAGACCCCAUGUUCAUUUUUUAGAAAGUGAUCGUGUCGUUAUCGGAUGGGGAUCUAAUAUUUGGCUAUUUAAAGUUUCCUUUACCAAGGAUUCAAAUUCGAUCAAAUCCGGUGACUCUAAUUCUCAAAGUAAUAAUAUGAGUCAUUUUAACCCUACGACAAACAUCGGAUCUCUCUUGUCUAGUGCUGCAUCGAGUUUUAGAGGGACACCUGAUAAGAAAGUUGAAUUAGAAUGCCAUUUUACUGUGUCAAUGUUGAUUACAGGGCUUGCAUCGUUUAAGGAUGAUCAGUUAUUAUGCCUAGGUUUUGAUAUAGAUAUUGAAGAGGAAGCAACCAUAGAUGAAGAUAUGAAGGAGGGGAAGAAUUUUAGCAAGCGGCCAGAAAACUUAUUAGCCAAAGGGAAUGCUCCAGAAUUAAAAAUUGUUGAUCUUUUUAAUGGUGAUGAAAUCUAUAAUGAUGAAGUUAUCAUGAAAAACUAUGAAAAAUUGUCUAUAAAUGAUUAUCACCUCGGUAAACAUAUAGAUAAAACAACACCAGAAUACUAUUUGAUAAGUUCCAACGAUGCCAUCAGGGUUCAAGAGUUAUCAUUGAAGGAUCAUUUCGAUUGGUUUAUGGAAAGAAAGCAAUAUUAUAAAGCUUGGAAAAUCGGUAAAUAUGUAAUUGGAUCAGAAGAGAGGUUUAGUAUAGGGUUGAAAUUCCUCAACUCUUUAGUAACUAAAAAAGAUUGGGGUACAUUAGUGGACCACUUAAAUAUUAUUUUCGAAGAAACUUUAAACUCAUUGGAUUCCAACUCAUAUGAUGUCACUCAAAACGUGCUGAAAGAAUGGGCAGAUAUAAUAGAGAUUUUGAUUACAUCAGGAAAUAUUGUAGAAAUUGCGCCUUUGAUUCCCAAGAAACCUGCCUUAAGAAAGUCGGUAUAUGACGAUGUAUUACAUUACUUUUUGGCCAAUGACAUGAUCAAUAAGUUUCAUGAGUAUAUUACUAAGUGGGAUUUAAAGCUUUUUUCUGUGGAAGAUUUCGAAGAAGAGCUAGAAACAAGAAUAGAGGCUGCUAGUGAACCUACAGCUUCAUCGAAGGAAGAAGGGUCUAAUAUUACCUAUAGAACUGAGUUGGUGCAUUUAUAUUUGAAAGAGAAUAAAUAUACCAAGGCUAUACCGCACCUUUUGAAAGCUAAGGACUUAAGAGCUUUAACUAUUAUAAAAAUACAAAAUUUAUUGCCGCAGUAUCUAGACCAGAUAGUUGAUAUCAUUCUUUUACCAUAUAAGGGUGAAAUUUCCCAUAUUUCCAAACUAUCAAUAUUUGAAAUUCAAACAAUUUUUAACAAACCAAUAGACCUGUUGUUUGAAAAUAGACACACCAUAUCAGUCGCUAGAAUAUACGAAAUAUUUGAACAUGAUUGUCCAAAAAGUUUCAAAAAGAUUUUAUUUUGUUAUUUAAUAAAAUUUUUAGAUACGGACGACUCGUUCAUGAUAAGUCCUUAUGAAAAUCAACUAAUUGAACUUUAUUCUGAAUACGACCGACAAAGCCUUCUGCCUUUUCUGCAAAAGCACAAUAACUAUAAUGUAGAGAGUGCCAUCGAAGUCUGUUCAUCGAAACUUGGUUUAUAUAAUGAACUGAUCUAUUUGUGGGGGAAAAUCGGUGAAACGAAGAAAGCAUUGUCUUUGAUUAUUGACGAGUUAAAAAACCCGCAAUUAGCUAUAGAUUUUGUUAAAAACUGGGGUGAUUCAGAACUUUGGGAAUUCAUGAUUAACUAUAGUCUUGACAAACCUAAUUUUACUAAAGCCAUUUUAACAUGUUCUGAUGAGACCAGCGAAAUUUACCUAAAAGUGAUCAGAGGUAUGUCCGAUGAUCUGCAAAUUGACAACCUGCAGGAUAUUAUUAAACAUAUCGUUCAAGAAAAUUCAUUAAGCUUGGAAGUUAGAGAUAAUAUUUUGGUUAUCAUUAAUGAUGAAACGAAAAAAUUUGCCAAUGAAUUCCUGAAAAUAAGAAGUCAAGGUAAAUUGUUUCAAGUAGACGAAAGCGAUAUUGAAAUUAAUGACGACUUAAAUGGUGUUUUAUAA